GGUAACUCAGGGCAAAGUUUGGUCUCAGUUGUGCGGGGACAGGGUGACAGACAGCAGCUCCUUGGCACCUGGGUGACUGCGGGCAGAGCCAGACAUGCUGGGACUGGUAUAGAGUGGUGGUAUAGACUCCUCCUAUUUACCCCCCCAGCCAGGAUCUGCCCCCCGACACUGCUCUGGGCAUGGGGCCCUCGGGGGCAUCGCCCGGCUCUCAGCUCUGAAUCCCAUGGAUGCGACAGGAGAUAUAAACCCCCCACUUGUGACACAACAGAACCCCUUUAAUCCCUCUCAGGCUGAUGCAGCGACUGCCUGUUGGUGACCUGAACGAGACCGAGGCCGAUGGAGCAACUGCAGGGGGCGCCAAACAAUUCCUCCCAGGACUUCCGCUCCGAUGAGGAUGAGUGGCAGAACUCAGUGAUUAUCAUUCCGGUUCUGCUCACGGCUCCAACUCUGCUGGUGGUUCUGGUUAUUCUGUGGAAAUCAAUUCGGAACCGGAGGAAGAAAAUACAUUGUGAUUCUAGAACCCCAGCAGGUGAGGGCUAUGGAGAAUGGGCCGUCAAUGCUGCCGCAGUCUAUGAGAAUACUCUCGGGUUCCCGGACACUGAACUGCAGAGGUGGGAGCUGCCAGAUGGGUGGACAAUCCAGGAUGUGGUUAAAAUUUGCCCCGGUCAGUUUGGGCGCAUCAGUGGCGCGUGUCUGUAUGAACCGGGGGAACCCAAUGUCAGGCACAGGGUCAUCAUCAAGGAGCUUUCAGAGAACUGCAGUCCCGGAGAAGCUCAGGAUUUUAUUGAUCUCAUCCGGUUUUACUCUCGGGUCUGUAACCACGACAACCUGCUGAAAAUGUAUUGGUGUAGAACCUCCUUGAGCCCAGUGUGCAUCAUCCUGAAAGCCAUGAACCUUGGGAAUCUGCUUCACUUUCUCUGGAGAUCCCGUGAGGGCAACCUCGCUGCUAAGGAUCCUCUCUAUAAUAUCACCGAGAAGAAGGUCUACUCAAUGGCUUCCCAAGUGGCAAGUGGCCUGGAGUACCUGGCAGGGGCACACAACCUGCUCCAUGCCAACGUGGCGGCUUACAAUGUGGUGGUUCACGAGGACAUGAGUGUCCAACUGUGCGGUCUGGGCAUGGCGGCCAUUUUGCACCGGACGGGCUCCAUUCCUGAGGGGAGAGCUGCCCGAGUCCCCAUGAAAUGGCAGGCGCCAGAAAGGCUGGCACAGGGUGGCAUCACGGAGAAGAGCGACGUGUGGGCAUUCGGCAUUCUGCUCUACGAGAUGGUCACACUGGGGUCGCCUCCUUACCCCGAUAUUACCCCCACCCAAUUGCUGCCCAAGCUGGAGAAGGGGCAUCGCAUGGAGAGGCCGGCCCAGUGCAGUAAUGGCCUGUAUGAGCUAAUGGGCAGCUGCUGGCGCCGGGGUCCGGACGACCGACCCGGUUUCACCGAGAUUGUGAAAUGGCUGAACCAACACGGAGACCGGGCCGAUGGGCUGACGGCACUGACUGCCCCCGACUCUAUUAGCCAAAGUGACUACCUGCUCCUGGCUGGGAUCCCUACCUGAUUCCCAUGUACUGGGACUGGCAACUCACCUGGACUGGGAGCCCCGGGGGGUUCUGGGAAGAAAGGAAAGCACCCCUCCCUCUGUGUUCCUCUUGCCCCUGGGGCACAUUGCACAGGACAGACCCCUGGUACAGCGAGCUGAUUGGUUGGCACAAACCCCCCGACAAUGGAUUUAUCUUUAUUUACACAGCACACGGGGCCACCGGCCAAUGGUUACAAUAAACUCAUUCACACAUUA